CUCCUCCUCCUCCUCCUCUUUUUUGUGUCCCGUCGCUGGAAAAUGGCGGCUCGCUAGAAGCCCAUUCCGAGCCCCUUCGCCUUCCGACGGCGCUCCUUCGGUGCCAUGACGCGCUGGGUGCCCACCAAGCGGGAAGAGAAAUACGGCGUCGCGUUCUACAAUUACGAUGCCAGAGGCCCAGAUGAGCUGUCUCUGCAAAUAGGAGACACUGUGCACAUACUGGAAACUCAUGAAGAUUGGUACAGAGGUUACACUUUAAGGAAAAAAUCCAAAAAAGGCAUAUUUCCGGCUUCCUAUGUCCAGCUGAAAGAAGCAAUUGUUGAAGGAAAAGGACAACAUGAAACUGUUAUACCCAGCGAACUUCCACUCAUUCAGGAGGUUACAACCACACUACGGGAAUGGUCCACAAUAUGGCGGCAGCUCUAUAUUCAAGAUAACAGAGAAAUGUUCCAUAGCGUAAGGCAUAUGAUAUAUGAUCUUAUUGAAUGGAGAUCACAAAUACUUUCUGGUACCCUGCCUCAGGAUGAGCUCAAGGAAAUGAAAAAGAAAGUCACAGCCAAGAUUGAUUAUGGAAACAGAAUUCUUGACUUGGAUCUAGUGGUGAGGGAUGAAGAUGGAAAUAUAUUAGAUCCAGAGCAAACCAGCACCAUCAGCCUUUUUAGAGCACAUGAAAUAGCUUCCAAGCAAGUGGAGGAACGGCUGCUAGAAGAAAAGUCUCAGAAACAGAAUCUUGACAUUACCAGACAAGCCAAGUUUGCUGCUACACCUUCAUUUGCCUUAUUUGUAAACCUGAAAAAUGUUGUUUGUAAAAUUGGAGAAGAUGCUGAAGUUUUGAUGUCUUUGUAUGAUCCUUUGGAAUCCAAAUUUAUCAGUGAGAAUUAUUUGGUGCGAUGGUCGAGUUCAGGAUUGCCAAAAGACAUAGAUAGAUUACACAAUCUUCGAGCAGUCUUCACAGACCUUGGCAGCAAAGAUCUGAAAAGAGAGAAAAUCAGUUUUGUCUGUCAAAUUGUACGAGUAGGAAGGAUGGAACUAAGAGAUAACAACACAAGAAAGCUAACCUCCGGGCUACGACGACCUUUUGGUGUGGCAGUAAUGGAUGUAACUGACAUAAUUAAUGGGAAAGUAGAUGAUGAAGACAAGCAACACUUCAUUCCAUUUCAGCCGGUGGCAGGGGAGAAUGAUUUCCUCCAGACUGUUAUAAACAAGGUGAUUGCUGCUAAAGAAGUUAACCACAAGGGUCAGGGUUUGUGGGUAACAAUGAAACUUCUUCCAGGAGAUAUUCAUCAGAUAAGAAAAGAAUUCCCUCAUUUAGUUGACAGAACCACAGCAGUGGCUCGGAAAAUGGGAUUUCCUGAAAUUAUUAUGCCUGGUGAUGUCCGUAACGAUAUUUAUGUAACAUUAGUUCAAGGAGAUUUUGACAAAGGCAGCAAGACCACAGCAAAGAAUGUAGAGGUUACAGUAUCGGUAUAUGAUGAAGAUGGCAAAAAACUGGAGAAUGUAAUUUUUCCUGGUGCCGGAGAUGAUGCACUUUCAGAAUAUAAGUCUGUGAUAUACUAUCAAGUAAAGCAGCCACGCUGGUUUGAAACUGUUAAGGUUGCAAUCCCUAUUGAAGAUGUAAAUCGCAGUCACUUGAGGUUUACAUUCCGCCACAGGUCAUCACAGGAUUCCAAAGAUAAGUCUGAGAAAAUAUUUGCCCUGGCAUUUGUUAAAUUGAUGAGAUAUGAUGGAACAACGUUGCGGGAUGGGGAACAUGAUCUUAUAGUAUACAAGGCUGAAGCAAAGAAGCUAGAAGAUUUUUCAACAUAUUUAAGCUUGCCAUCAACUAAAAUAGAAUUAGAGGAGAAAGGUCACUCUACAGCUGGCAAGAGCAUGCAGAAUCUGGGGAGCUGCACCAUCAGUAAAGAUUCAUUCCAGAUAUCAACGCUAGUUUGUUCAACAAAGCUAACGCAAAAUGUGGACCUGCUGGGGCUGCUGAAGUGGAGAUCGAACACAAAUCUGCUACAACAGAAUUUGAGGCAACUAAUGAAAGUUGAUGGGGGUGAAGUUGUUAAGUUUCUUCAAGAUACGCUGGAUGCACUUUUUAACAUCAUGAUGGAAAAUUCGGAGAGUGAGACAUUUGAUACAUUGGUGUUUGAUGCCUUGGUAUUCAUCAUUGGACUGAUUGCUGACAGGAAAUUCCAGCAUUUUAACCCUGUUUUAGAAACCUACAUUAAGAAACAUUUCAGUGCUACUUUGGCCUACACGAAACUGACAAAGGUUUUAAGAACCUACGUGGAUAACGCUGGUAUUACAGAUCAACUAUUCAAAGCUAUGAAAUCUUUGGAAUACAUCUUCAAAUUUAUUGUGCGGUCAAGGAUAUUGUUCAACCAGCUUUAUGAAAACAAAGGUGAAGCUAACUUCAGGGAAUCUUUGCUUCAGCUCUUUAAGUCAAUUAAUGAGAUGAUGAGUAGUCCCUCUGAACAGACUGUUAUAGUUAAGGGGGCUGCACUUAAAUAUUUGCCCACUAUUGUGAAUGAUGUGAAACUUGUUUUUGACCCGAAAGAACUUAGCAAAUUGUUUACAGAUUUUAUAUUGAAUGUGCCAAUGGGCCGCCUCACAAUUCAGAAGCUAUACUGUUUGAUUGAAAUAGUUCAUAGUGACCUUUUCACACAGCACGACUGUAGAGAGAUCUUGUUGCCGAUGAUGACAGAUCAGCUGAAGUAUCAUUUGGAAAGACAGGAAGACCUGGAAGCCUGUUGCCAGUUGCUCAGUAACAUCCUGGAAGUACUUUACAGGAAAGAUGUGGGGCCGACACAGCGGCAUGUACAGGUCAUUAUGGAAAAAUUACUGAGGACAGUAAACAGGACCGUCAUAUCAAUGGGACGUGAUUCAGAGCUCAUAGGAAAUUUUGUUGCAAGCAUGACUGCGAUUUUGAGACAAAUGGAAGACUAUCAUUAUGCUCAUUUAAUCAAGACUUUUGGGAAAAUGAGAUCGGAUGUUGUCGACUUCCUGAUGGAAACAUUUAUCAUGUUCAAGAAUCUCAUUGGGAAGAAUGUCUAUCCCUCUGACUGGGUUAUAAUGAAUAUGAUGCAGAAUAAAGUCUUCCUGCGAGCAAUUAAUCAGUAUGCAGAUAUGCUAAACAAGAAGUUUCUUGAUCAAGCAAACUUCGAACUACAGCUUUGGAACAAUUACUUUCACCUUGCUGUUGCGUUUCUUACUCAAGAAUCAUUACAACUGGAAAACUUUUCAAGUGCUAAAAGAUGCAAAAUACUUAACAAAUAUGGUGAUAUGAGAAGACAAAUUGGCUUUGAAAUCCGUGAUAUGUGGUAUAAUCUGGGCCAGCAUAAAAUCAAAUUCAUUCCUGAGAUGGUGGGGCCAAUGUUAGAAAUGACUCUGAUCCCUGAAACAGAACUUAGAAAAGCUACCAUCCCUAUCUUUUUUGACAUGAUGCAGUGUGAAUUUCAUUCUACCAGAAGCUUUCAGAUGUUUGAAAAUGAGAUCAUCACAAAGCUGGAUCAUGAAGUAGAAGGAGGGAGAGGAGAUGAGCAAUAUAAAGUGUUAUUCGAGAAAAUUCUCUUGGAGCACUGCAGAAAACAUAAGUACCUUGCCAAAAAUGGUGAAACUUUUGUUAAACUUGUAGUCCGCCUGAUGGAGAGACUUCUAGACUACAGAACUAUUAUGCAUGAUGAAAACAAGGAGAACCGUAUGAGCUGUACCGUUAAUGUACUGAAUUUCUACAAAGAGAUUGAAAGAGAAGAAAUGUACAUAAGGUAUUUGUACAAGCUUUGUGACCUGCACAAAGAAUGUGAUAACUACACUGAAGCAGCCUACACAUUACUCCUGCAUGCAAAGCUUCUUAAGUGGUCAGAAGAACCAUGUGCGGCACACCUUACUCAGCGGGAUGGAUACCAGGCAGCCACACAAGGACAACUAAAAGAUCAGCUCUAUCAAGAAAUUAUCCACUACUUUGACAAGGGCAAGAUGUGGGAAGAAGCCAUUGCCUUGGGCAAAGAACUAGCAGAACAGUAUGAAAAUGAAAUGUUUGAUUAUGAACAACUCAGUGAACUGUUGAAAAAACAAGCACAAUUCUAUGAAAAUAUCGUGAAAGUAAUCAGACCCAAACCAGAUUACUUUGCUGUUGGAUACUAUGGACAUGGAUUUCCAACAUUUCUACGGAAUAAAGUUUUCAUUUAUCGUGGAAAAGAAUAUGAGCGUCGCGAAGAUUUUGAGGCAAGGUUAUUAACCCAAUUUCCUAAUGCUGAGAAAAUGAAGACGACAUCUCCUCCAGGCGAAGAUCUUAAAAACUCCCCAGGGCAAUAUAUUCAAUGUUUUACUGUAAAACCAAAGCUUGAUUUACCACCAAAAUUCCACAGACCAGUAUCAGAACAAAUUUUAAGUUUUUAUAGAGUGAAUGAGGUUCAGAGGUUUGAAUAUUCACGACCUGUUCGGAAAGGAGAGAAAAACCCAGACAAUGAAUUUGCGAACAUGUGGAUUGAGAGAACCGUUUACGUGACCGGAUAUAAAUUACCUGGAAUCUUAAGAUGGUUUGAAGUCAAAUCGGUUUUUAUGGUUGAAAUCAGCCCGCUUGAAAAUGCCAUUGAAACUAUGCAAGUAACCAAUGAUAAAAUCAAUAAUAUGGUUCAGCAGCAUUUGAAUGAUCCAAACCUACCUAUUAAUCCCCUUUCUAUGCUACUAAAUGGUAUUGUGGACCCUGCAGUUAUGGGCGGAUUCACCAACUAUGAAAAGGCCUUCUUUACUGAAAAAUAUAUGUAUGACCAUCCUGAAGAUCAUGAAAAAAUUGAAAAAUUAAAGGAUCUAAUAGCAUGGCAGAUUCCUUUCCUGGCCGAAGGUAUCCGAAUUCAUGGCGAUAAAGUAACAGAAGCAUUAAGGCCAUUUCAUGAGCGGAUGGAAGCCUGUUUUAGACAACUGAAAGAAAAAGUUGAAAAGCAAUAUGGUGUGAGAACUCUUCCUUCGAUGGUGGAUGACAGACCGGGCAGUCGGCCAAGGUCUAUGGUUCGAUCGUUUACUAUGCCUUCGUCUUCGAGGCCACUGUCUAUUGCUUCAAUUUCUUCAGUGUCUUCUGACAGUGCUUCUUCUAGACCUGGUUCUGAUGGGUUUGUGCUUGAGCCCCUUCUUCCAAAGAAGAUGCAUUCUCGUUCACAAGACAAGUUAGAUAAAGACGACCCAGAUAAAGAUAAGAAAGAGAAAAAGAAAGAAAAAAGAAAUAGCAAGCACCAAGAGAUAUUCGAAAAAGAAUUUAAAUCGACGGAUAUUUCGCUACAGCAAUCUGAAGCAGUGAUACUGUCAGAAACGAUCAGUCCACUGAGACCACAAAGACCAAAAAGUCAAGUUAUUAAUGCCAUGGGAAAUGAAAAGCGUUUUUCUGUUUCUCCAUCACCACCUUCUCAAAGCAUCCCUCCUCCAAUCACUCCAAGGACCAAACUGUCAUUCAGUUUACAGUCCAAUCUGGAUCUAAAUGGCAUGGCCACUUUGGAAAUGACAAGUGUUCCUCCUCCACUGCCUCUGAAAGGCAGCAUGGCAGAUUAUGGAAAUCUCAUGGAGACACACGAAUCUAUCAGCCCUGCCACAUCUCCACCUGUACCUCAAAGACAACUCCCACCUCCAUUGCCAAGCAAAACACCACCACCUCCUCCACCAAAGACCACUCGGAAACAAGCCUCGGUGGAUUCUGGGAUUGUCCAGUGAACAAGAAAGGAUACCCAUAAAGACUGAGCUGUAAAAUUUCUUUUCCAGAAAGAUGUAUACAAUGUUUUGCACCACCCCAGAUCGGUGCCAUCUAACAUUUAGUGCAAUGGAUCUCACAUUCAGAGCAACACUUAUCUCCAAGGAUGCAUUCAAGAUUAUGUGUUCCAAAUGUAUUCAAAUCAUAGGUGGAUUAUGAAGAUAUUCUAGUAAUUUUUAAUAUAAAAAUGGUUCCAGUUAUGUCCAAGAUUCUUAACUGAAACAGUGUAGUUAAGACAUUGUAUGGAUAAGAGGAAACAAUAAGCUUUGUUUUCAGAUGAGCAGCCACAGAUAUUAAGAAAAAAUUGUUCUGAUGUCAUUGACAUAGUUUGCUGUCAUUCCUCUGGAAUCCUUGACAUCAAAGAAAUAGGAAAACAUUGUUUACAAUGAGUGAUUUUGAUUGUUCUGUGCUUCCAUUAAUUUUGGUAUCUUGAAGGCCGUUUCUGAAAGUUCCAUUGUAACCGAACAAGGAUCAAUUGUUUGCUCAGUAUGCUUUUGCUUGUAUUUUAAUGUAGAAUAUGUUUUAAACCCCACAGCAGGCAUUAAUUUAUAGGUAAUAACAUCAUGUAUGCAAAUACUCAAGUCUUGGACAUCCCAAAAUCACAUAAGAAGGGGAAGUACAUUUUGCAACAAAACUUCAAAUUUCACACACAAAUAUAAGGCAUUUGUGUAAUGCCAUUAUGCUGCAUUGUGUAUAUAUGAUGAGUCUUACGUCUCUUGGUUUUACUGUGUCUGCUUCUAAAGUAAUAAUGGUAUAAUGUAAUUCCAAGUGUGUUACAGCAUUUUAAAUGUUGGUCACUGCUGAUAAUGUAUAAAAGGCUAACUUCUAUGUUAUUCCCAUUAAUUGCAUUUUGAUAAUGUUGGAUGGUUCUGAGAAAAAUCGGAAAAGAUACUAACUUUUAAGAACUGUAACUUUUUUACCAACAUGAAAUUUUAUAACCUUAACCAUAGUUUUCAUUUUCUCCAGAAAUAAAGGAAGUAUUUUAAAAUAA